CAGCAGAGCUCCUGGAUCUAAUUAUGGACAGCCUUCAGUUAUUUUUGUAGUGACUGUGUGCCGGGAACUACUCUACUGGAAUAUCUCGCUGGAUCAAACAAAACAAUACAAAAGACUGAAUCACAAAAGACCCCAUUUUUUCAGGAAAAUGGAACUACAUCAAAGAAAUCAGAGGGUCACUGCAUCUUGACUAUCUCAGAGUGAGAAAUCUUCAAACAAUCUGACAGAGUGUGAGUGUCUGCUCUGUACACGUUGGCUGCAGGCCUGCACAGGCGGACACGACAAGAUGGCAAAAGUCUGCAGUGAAAACUCCUUUUCAGCAAGACAUCGGCUGUCCACCAACACAUCUGAUGAUGAACUUGCUGCCAUGGAAAAUGGGGACAGCAGGGCCCACUCGCUUUGUGAAGAUGGCUCUGAGAGAGCCUUGUCCUCAGGGUCCAAUAAAGGCUCAUACACAGGUGCCAAGGCAGUAGCCAGGCUGUCUUACCUCUUCCUCAUGCUGCGGAACUGGGUAUCUCACAGAAUAAACCCUGUAGAGAGGAACGACUCUUUUCUCGAGCGCAUCAGAGGCCCAACACUUAAAGAUGCAACCAGUAUAGAGAGCGACACUCAGUGCGUGGGCCAUAACAACACACAAAGAAAGAAAAAUCUUUCCAGCAAGUGGCCUUUUGCUACUUACAACAUAAAUAACUGCAACAACACAGAUGACAAGAAAGAGGACAAAAAAGAUGAGAUUAAAAAAGAAGACAAGAAGGAAGAGGAGAAAAAAGAAAAAAAGGAUGGAGAUAAGAAGAAAGAAGAAAAUAAGGAUGAGAAAAAAGAUGAAAAGAAAGACGAUAAGAAAGAUGAUAAAAAGAAAGAGGAACCUCUGAAAGAAAUGUGGAUUAUGGAUCCAUCUGCCGACCAGUACUACAGAUGGCUGAGUGUCAUUGCAGGCCCAGUAUUUUAUAACCUGAUCAUGAUUGUAACAAGGGCCUCCUUUAAUGAGCUCCAAAAUUCAUAUACAAACCUCUGGAUAGUCUUGGACUAUACCGCUGACAUUAUCUACUGCAUGGACACAUUUGUCAGGUCAAGAACAGGUUACCUUGAACAAGGGCUGCUGGUAAAAGAUGCCAAAAAACUGAGAGCUAAAUACAGAACGACAUCUCAGUUCAAAUACGAUAUGAUUUCAAUGAUACCCACAGACCUGCUGUUUCUGCAAUAUGGAUUCAAUAAUCCGGAGUUUCGUUUCAACCGUCUUUGCAAAAUCCAGAGACUUUUUGAGUUCUUUGAGCGCACUGAGACAAGAACCAGCUUUCCAAACCUGUUUCGUAUCAGCAAUCUCGUGCUAUACAUUCUCAUCAUUAUCCACUGGAACGCUUGUAUUUUCUUUUCUAUUUCAAAAAGCAUUGGCUUUGGAUCUGACACGUGGGUUUAUCCAAAUGUAAGCCACCCAGAGAAUGGUCGCUUGGCACGAAAGUACAUCUACUCCCUAUACUGGUCUACACUUACCCUCACCACCAUCGGAGAGACCCCAGCACCAGUAAGAGAUGUUGAAUACCUCUUUGUCAUUGGGGACUUUCUCACUGGUGUGUUAAUUUUUGCUAGUAUUGUCGGGAAUGUUGGUGCCAUGAUCUCCAACAUGAAUGCCUCUCGUGCUGAGUUUCAGGCAAAGAUCGACUCCAUAAAGCAGUACAUGCAGUUUCGAAAGGUCACCAAAGACCUGGAGGCUAGAGUCAUCAAGUGGUUUGACUAUCUCUGGACUGAGAAGAAGACCUGUGAUGAAAAAGAAGUUUUGAAAUCACUCCCAGACAAGCUUAAGGCUGAGAUUGCCAUCAAUGUCCAUUUGGAUACUCUAAAGAAAGUGAGAAUUUUCCAGGACUGCGAAGCUGGUCUUUUGAUUGAGUUGGUGCUCAAGCUGCAGCCACAAGUGUUCAGUCCUGGAGAUUACAUCUGUAAGAAAGGGGAUAUUGGAAGAGAAAUGUACAUUAUAAAGGAAGGGAAGCUAGCAGUGGUGGCUGACGAUGGAGUCACCCAGUUUGUGGUGCUCAGCGACGGAGCAUACUUUGGAGAAAUCAGCAUCUUAGGCAUCAAGGGAAGUAAAGCCGGCAACAGACGAACAGCCAACAUUCGAAGUGUGGGUUACUCUGAUCUCUUCGCCCUAUCCAAAGACGACUUGAUGGAGGCUCUCACAGAGUAUCCGGAUGCCAAGAAAGCUUUGGAAGAAAAAGGCAAAGCCAUCCUGAUGAAAGACAACCUAAUAGAUGAGGCAGUUGCCAAUGAAGGCGCUGACCCCAAAGAUCUGGAUGAGAAGAUUGUGAAACUGCAGGGCAAGCUGAACGUGAUGCAGACCAAGUUUGCUCAGUUAAUGGCAGAGUUUACCUCCACCCAGGCACGGCUGAAGCAGAGGGUCACUCAGAUGGAGGAAAAAGUAAAAUCAAUAAAACCAGAGGACCUCUCUGAAGUGGUGGCUGAUAAAGACAAAAAAGUGCAGUAAACUAACAUUACCAGAGAACUUUAAAAGUGACAUUCCUUUAUUUCAUAAGAAUGCCCACAUUUUUAAAUAUUUAUACAUCAUGUUUAUUAUCAUGUGUCAAAUUGUGUACAGUGUAUGCAGAUAAUCUGUUUUUGUGCUUUCUAACUGCUACGUUUUUCAUGUUUUGAAACAAACUGAGUUCACUGAGCAGAAGCACUUGUUUAUGCCAAACAUUGGCUUUUCAUAGCCUUAGAAUGAUGACUCUUUUUCCUGAUAAGAAUUCAGAUUGUUCAGGUAAAUGUAUUGCUCUCUGUUGAGUACAUUUCUUUUACUGCACUGUUUAUCUAUUGUAUAAAAAUGGCUACAAUUUAAAAAGCCAGCUUUGUUAAUGUUACUCUCAGCAUACUCUUACAAAUAUGAAUGUUACAUGCAAAUAAAAUGUUCAUAUUAAAUAA